AUGGCCGCAAAGGAUUUGGUAUGCAUGCACGAUGACGACCUGUACCAGCACGACUGGAAAAGCGCCAGAGCAGUCAACCAGGACGAGUUUGUACUGACCAGAGUCGUCGGACUGACCAACAUCUCCAAGAAUGCCCUGGACUGCAAUCCCAUCACAGGCCACGUGGCUUUUCCCGCGUCCAGUAUGCUGGUUCUUCUCGACCCUAAGACUAACGAUCAGAAAUACAUGAGGAACCCAACAGGUAAGAACAUCUCUUGCCUCUCGUUCUCGGACGAUGGUCGGCUGGUGGCUCUGGGAGAAUCAGGGGUGAAACCUUUAGUGUCGCUAUGGUCAGUUAAGGAUUUGAAGGAACUUAGCAAGUUUACAGUUGACCAUUCUGUGGGCGUGAAGACUAUUGCCAUCCAUCCCAAGUAUAAUUACUUGGUGGUUAUAGGUAUUCAGGAUUUGAACAUCGGAGUAUGGGAUUAUGUCCGCUGUAACAGACUGGCUCUUACCAAAUGGCAAACGGUUCCUUUGUCUCUAACUAUACCAAAAUCAGGCACCAGUGUCAUUCUGUGCGGCCAUAGAAAAAUUACGCUGUUCAAUUUAGAUAAGGUCAACUCCAAUUCUUACGAAACCAACGUUUUCGAGGACAAAAAAGCCGUGCUGCUUGGUAGGCAGAGCGAGUACACUUUCGUUGACAUCACCAGCGGAAGGGGAAAGUUUGACAAGAAUGUCUAUUCGGUAACAACCUGCGGCUACUUGUGCGAGAUUAGACUCGGCGAUAUACUUAUAGAUAAAGCAAUUAAAGUCGACUCCCACGCUUUCUGCGUCCGGUUUGCUCUAAACCACGUCUUCGUUGGGUGUUGUCAAGGAGUUGUGAAGAUCUGCAACCCGGAUUCUCUGACCGUCGCCGUGGCCGUUUCUCUGGAUCAGUUACUUGGUUCAGAAGCCUUUCCCCAAGUAGCUUCUAGACUCUACUUGGACACGACUGCUAUUGCGGUCAACGAAAAGGAGUCGAUAGUCACCUGCAUAUACUCCAACUGCAGUAUCUAUUCCUGGCAAAUCAACAACUUCACGGACAGUUUCGAGUGUUCUGUUCUUCUGCCUUCUCUAGACGACCAGCUGGAAAAUUUAGAGCUAGAUAGCUGUGUCAACGAGAGCGUCUGUAGAGCCAACAUGUUUCGGUCAUUAAUGGGCUGCAUAGAAUUCAGCAAAGAUUCCAGACUUUUCGAUACAGAAACUCUAGCUGCCCGUAACGGCAUGCGAUGUCAUCACGACCUCAUGCAUGUCAUCAAGGGGAAUUCAACCAGGCAGCAGCACGUCACUUCCUUCCGUUUCAGCCCUGACGGCCGAGACGUUAUCUGUGGCAACGAAGCCGGUGAGAUUAAGGUCUACGACGCCUGCACUGGGGUUCUGAGGCGCGUCAUUGAAGCCCAUAGCGCUCAGGUGAUGUGUAUAGAGCUUCUCUAUGACGGGGACUACCAGCUGGUCUGCACCGGUGGGAGGGAUAGAAUAAUUUUUAUUUUAAACGCCAAAGCCGACUUUAGCCUCGUGCAAGUUUUGUGCGAUCACUCCGCGGCAAUCACUGCGAUCAGUCUGGUCAGUCACGACGGUUUACUCACCCUAGUUUCUGCCGCGGCCGAUAACCUAAUCCUAGUACGAAGAGCAACUUCAGGGAAUUCCUUGAAGUUCACAGUAACCGGUCAGAUCGUGGAAUCCAGGUACAACAAAGCUUUGAACGUUACAGGUGAUUACAUCAUCACAGGUGAUAGAAAUGGCAACAUUAAACUCUUCAAAGCGGACCCGAUAUUCAACCCUAAGCUGUCGAAAACGUUGAAGACAAUACCCAAGGGGAACCAGAUUACAUCCAUGCCCAGACCAAUGUGCAUUGAUCCAACUGGUAGCUUUAUUGCGACAGCCCAAAACGCCGGGCAAAUUGUGGUCUACCAUCUCCCAACUGGCCAGCCUAUCGCGUCUUUGCCAGCCCAGACAGAUGCCACCACAAUCAAAUUCACAAACUGUCUGAGAUACAUGGUAAGCUCAACCUCCAAUGGUUGCACUAUGAUUUGGAGGAUUCCAGAAAGAAUGACCGACUUUCUGGUAGCUAAGCGAAACAAGACAUACCAGAUCGAGGUUGCCAAGGAAGUGUCUUACGAGACGACAAUCGUGUCGUGUGUGAAGGUAUGCAAGGAAAUGUCCAUGAGGGAAUCAGCCAAAAGCAGUGAUAAACGCGAUUACUCGCGCCCAGACUCCAACCACAAUUAUGAUACCGACGCCACGCCGAGUAUUGAAUCUUUGAGUUUUCUCCGAGAUGCACACGACGGCGACGGGGAGUCAGACAGAAACAGCGUCUACAGCACGGAAAGCUAUAUUAGUUGUAGCACUUGCAGAGAAUCUUGUUCCGACACGGUAAACUGGUGUCGCUCAUCCGAUUCGAGCAUCCAAACCAAUUCGGGAACAAUAUCUUUCAAUUUCCGAGACGAUAGCGAUUUCUGUGGUCGGAUCAUUGAAGAUAGCCAAUGCAAGAAACUAGGUAUCUUCAGACAAAAAAGUAAUGAAGCCAAAGGAAAAUAUGGCAAAGUGAGAUUUCUUCAGUCCAUCGCCCUGCUUUAG